UUCCGAUGCGGUUAUUGCAAUAAGUCCAAAUUGAGGUGGCAUGGUUGCAGUCAUGUCCGAGGCGGCAGCAAAGGCGAAGAAGCGCGAGUACAACCGCGAGAAGCAGCGCAUCUUCCAAGCGAAGCUCGUUCAGCAAGUGAUCUCUUUGAAGGAUGAGGUCAGUGUCCUUGAGGCCCAGCUAGCACAACUACAUCUGGACAAGCCGUCCAAUAUCGUCGACGACGUCGGGUUGUCCGCCAACGCGUUGUCGUGGAAGGACGUGGCCGCUGGCUUGCAGGAUGACACGAAUCGUAUCGUGGAUAUUAAUCGCCGACUUCGACGGGAACGCCAUAGCCAAAAGGAACUGCUUAAGACGCUGCAAGCCUGGGUGAAUGUUCAGAUUCGACACUCGACAACUCUGUGCGCUCCCACACACACAUGGAGAAACGUGACGUUGCUGGCGAGUCCGGAGUCCCGCGCCGUGGGGUACGACUGGAUCACUGCGCAUUUGUUUUACAACACGGAAGCCAUCUUCCAGAGACAUGCGUUUCCGUCCGUGGCGCCGGAAGAAAUCAGCGGCGACUUUUCCAUCGACAUCACCGACCCUGAUGCGAUGCAGUACGUGUGGCGGUACCAGAAAGAGAUGGACAUGCCGUUGGCGUUCGUCGCCACCUGCUUUCGAGACAACGUGUGGCGGUCCAUGAUGCUCGGUGGGUUUGUGAUUCUUCACACCGAGGUGCUGGACAACAUGCCUGAUCAAAUGAUUUACCGCCACACGAUCACCAACCCCGACGAAACCGUCAACUACCUCGGCCGCGAAUACAAUGACGGGCCGGACCGGGUGGUGUUUGUCGGGCAAAACAUCCACGACGACGCAAUUGUGCCGUGCGGGUCGCGCCAGCGGAAUCGAAUGGCAUGGUAUACUUGAAUCCACCUUCUGCACGAAAUAUGUACCUAUGCUGUAGUAGCAUCUAGAAUUGCAUUCCUUGUUUCUACCGUGUCGCAGGAGUUUCGGUCGAUGGCUUUGCCUUUGUGUGUCCAUCUAAGCCAACUCAUAUCCAUAUCAUUGCCAUCCUAUACGACAUAUUCGUUGUUGAUGCCAUCAUUCGACUAGGGUCGUGCUGGAUCGACUGACACCGUGUCACACACGUGUGCGAAUUUUGCAUUUGAACUCGCACUUUUUCACCAAACACGGGUACGUGAGUCUCGAAGACGAAGCGCGGUACUGGGGCGGCGACGUCGGCACUGGCGACGAAGCCUCGAAACUCGUCAAGUUCCAGAAACAUGUGACGGUGAUGGGGGACGAUGUCGCACGAUUGUGUCGAAACAAGUUUGAAAACGCAUGUGCCAGCCAACUCCAGCAAAUAGACGACUCCCCCCGUGCCCCCACUGUCUUGGACGACUCAAUGUGCCAGCCCUGCAUACCCCACCUGGUUAUGUGAUACGUAUACCAUACCAGUACUGGGAUCCGAGUCAAUGUAACGUUAUUAAUAGUACUACUACUUCUGUGUGAA